AUGACUGAUGGAGACUAUGAUUAUCUGAUCAAACUCCUGGCCCUCGGAGACUCUGGGGUUGGCAAAACGACGUUCCUGUACAGAUACACGGACAACAAAUUUAAUCCAAAAUUCAUCACGACAGUUGGGAUAGAUUUUCGGGAAAAGCGAGUGGUGUACACCAGCAGAGGACCAAAUGGAUCUCCAGGAAAAGCCUUCAAAGUCCAUCUCCAGCUUUGGGACACAGCCGGGCAAGAAAGAUUUCGAAGCCUCACCACGGCGUUUUUCAGAGAUGCCAUGGGCUUCUUGCUCAUGUUCGAUCUCACCAGUCAACAGAGCUUCUUAAACGUCAGAAAUUGGAUGAGUCAGCUGCAAGCCAACGCCUAUUGUGAGAAUCCAGAUAUCGUCUUAAUUGGCAAUAAAGCUGAUUUGUCAGACCAAAGGGAGGUAAACGAAAGGCAAGCGAAAGAUCUGGCGGACAAAUAUGGCAUCCCGUACUUCGAAACGAGCGCCGCUACCGGGCAGAACGUGGAGAGGGCCGUGGACACGCUCCUGGACUUGAUCAUGAAGCGCAUGGAGCAGUGCGUGGACAAGACUCAGGGCUCCGACACGGCCAACGGAGGCAGCUCGGGAAAGCUGGAGGAGGCCAAAGCCGAGGAGAAAAGAUGCGCCUGCUAA